CAUUGCGCCAAGAAGAUGGGAUUCCUCCAUCAGAGCCAACGCGUGUUCACACCGCUUUCCCAGGCCCGUCUGGAGCACGUUGAUGUCGUGCGUCUCAAGAAAGGAGAGUGUCGCUUCGAAGUGGCAUGCUUCAAGAACAAGCUCAUGCAAUGGCGCCGUGGCAACGACAUGAACUUGGAGGACAUCCUGCAGUCGCACGAGAUAUUCGACAACGUUUCGAGGGGCAAGCGAGCGAGAGACGACGACAUUGAACGCGUCUUUGGAACCCACGACGUUGAUCGAGUUGCAACACAUAUCAUGACACAGGGACAAGUCAUAGUGUCCGAGAGUACUCGCGCCGCCGAGAAAGAUAGUAUGUUGCGGGAGAUCGCAUCCAUCAUAGCCAGAACAUGCGUGAAUCCCGACACUUCAAGACCGCAUCAAGUAUCAGCCAUUGAACAAGCGAUGAGGACGAUGCAGGUUGACGUGAUACCUCAUCAACCAGCUGAAUUGCAGGCACCUGCCAUUAUUCGACAGCUCCAACAAGUCAUGCCUAUCACACGAGCGAUGAUGAAGGUUCAUGUCACCGUUGCCUCCGUGGAUGUCAGACUUCUGCAGUCGACGUUAAAAGCACUCGACGCAGCCAUGCUUGAGCAGGAAGAUUGUGCAAACGGCAGCCUUCGAUGUACCUCUUUGAUCGAGCCAGGCAAACUGCUCGUCGUGAAUGCGUUUGUCCAAGAGCAUGCUGCGCGUCGAUUCAUUCAGGUGGUGGAAGUGAUUCCAGCUGACGGUGACGAGGUGGGCUUCCGCGACGCUGCUCCACCAGCGGCAGAACAGGGCAUAGCGGCACCACCCCUUCCUUCUGUGCCAUCAAUCGUAGUCACACCAGCAUUGAGCACACGUCCAUGCAGCACAUGCGGUGGCAAUUUUACCGACGCGGCCCACCACCGUGAGCAUUUUCGGUCGCGAUGGCAUCGCUACAACUUGAAAAUGAAGGCAAGGAAGGAUGCUGUGGUCGACGAAGCCAGCUUCCUCGCUCUCAGCGACGCAGAGGUGCAGCGUGUGUUCGAUGCGCUCGAUUGAGCCACUACUCCCAAGUGUCUAUGUCGGGCUGAGCAUUCCAGGCAAUUUCGUGACAACUAAGUGAUGGUCUCGAUUUUUGCGGAAUUCCCGUGAAUUUUAAAAUUAGCAAAAUUCAUCAUUGAUGAUUAUAAUUUGGCAUUGGC